UGACUUCACUUUUCAACUACUCAAAAUGGCUUUGCGUGCUGCACUUAUCCAAUUCCGGGGGCUUGUCACCUAUGCCAGACCACUGAAUAUCAAACAACAAACAAAUCCUGUGAUCAAUAGUAGUAUUUUUAUUCGGCUAGCCAAAUUUCAUCUGAUGACCAGACCAAACAAACCUCUGUUGACGAAACAGAAUCUUAUGCUGUUUAUCAAAAAAAAAUUUUCGUUAAAAGGAAUAAUUCCUCAACAGCCUAAUUGGAAUUCUCCUUGUAUGUUUAGCGUUGAAGUUAUUGGGAAAUUCUAUGAGACAAUUCCAAUCAUUUUGUUCACUACUGUUGGGUUUACGUGUGAAAUGUUGUGGACUAUGCGACUGGCUGUGACCAGAGAUGAUGUGCGCUAUGGUAAGAAAAUGGGUCAUGAGGUCUUUGACUUAGAUGGGAAACCACCUCAGAAGAAGUUCAGAAACUACAAUUGUAACUAUGAGACAUGGCCGCAGGGUUUGCUAGAUGCUAAGGAGUAUUUCAAGGACUGGGAGGAAUGCGAACCAUCUGGAUGUCAGGAAGAUAAAAGGAAGAAGAAGAAGAAGAAGAAAGAUAAGAAAUAGAAUUAAAUGAUGAGUGAUUAAGUGACAAAAAUCAAGAAUAACUAACAUCAAACUAUUUACACUUUAAAAAGAUUCUAAAAAUGGAAUUUAGUACCUUCGACACAAAAAAAAAAUUUAUGUGAUAUAUCACGAUUUAUUUUUAUAUUGUUCUUAUAUGGACACGUACAAACAUUUUUACGCAUAU